AUGAAUGAUUUAAAUAAUAUUAAACAAUAUCAAUUAUUUAAUUUAUUGAAUAAUUUUCAAUCAAUUAAACAACAAUCGAAUCAAUUAUUUAAUAAACCACAAUCAAUGAAUAUAAAAUUGAAAUUUAUAGAUGAUUAUUAUAUACAGGAAUUUAUUACACAAAUGGAACAAUCAUUACAAUUAUUAUCUAAUCAAUUAAAUGAUAAUAUAAUAAAAUAUUGGAUAAUCAAUUAUGAAAAUGAUAUAAAAAAUAUCGAAGGUAAUAUAUCAGAAAUUAUCAUUGAACCUAAACAUCAACAACAAUUAAAUUUAUCACCAACUCAUAAAACUAUUGAAAAACAUUUAAGUAGUAUAAAUAAUAUAGAAGAAAAUUAUUCACAAGGUGAAAACUUAUUCGAAAUAUUCAUGAAUAAAUUUAAUCAAUAUGAUGAAUUAUAUAAUAAUGCAGAGCUGAAAGAGCUACAUAAUCGUAUUAUCACAUUAGAUAAAUCACGAAUCAAUAAUAUUAAAACUAAUUUAUUACAAAUUAAAAAUAAUUUAGAUAAUCUUACAUCUAAAGGGAAUCAUAUUGAUGAACACUUAACAAAAUAUGAACAAUCUAUUGAUAAAUUAAAACAAACUUCAAUGAUAUUUAAAAUCAGUAAAUUAGAAGAUUUAUUAUUAGAAGAAACAUUCAUGGAUACAAUGAAAUGGAAUGAUUUAUUAAUUGAAUUAGAAAGAUUUAAACAUGAUAUGUUAGAUCCUUAUGAAAUAUUGCAUAAUAAAGCUACUUUAAAAUCAUCAAAAGAUUAUGUGAAUAGCUUUAAAACACGAUAUAAUCAGUGUUUAACAAUAGUGAAAGAUAAAAUUGAAGAAUUCGAAAAUUAUACAUUGAAAUUAAAAAAAUUAAAACAAAAUGUUGAAGAUUUUAAUAGAUCUCUUGAAGGAGCCAAUAUGAAAUAUAAAACAUUAACAAACCAAUUUAAAAUUGAAUUUGAUGAACAAUAUACUCAUUGUAAACUCAGUGAAAUAUGUCAAUCAAUUAUGAAAAUAAUACAACAAAUCAUUGUUAAUUUAAAAGAAUAUGACUUAAAUAUUAUUGAAAAAUUACAAACUACUGAAAAAGAUAUAAGUAGUCAAGUUAUAGAAUGUGAAUUAAAAUCAGCAUUCGAAAAUUCAUUCAUGUUUGAUCGAUUCAUUUCAUUGAAAACCGAAUUAACCGAUUAUACAAAUAAUCUUAAUGAAUUAUAUAAUCAAUUAAAUAAUCUUAAUACAGAUAUUGUUAAUUAUGAACAAUGGUUUAACAAUUUAGAUAAACAAUAUCAACAAACUAAAAUAGAAUAUACUAUAGGAAAUAUAUUAUUGAAUAAAAGUAAUUUAUAUCAAUCCAUAACUGAUAUAUCAAUUCAUGAAUUAGAAAAGGAAUCAAAUCAUAAUUCAACUCAUUUAGUACAACUUCAUUUACAAUAUCAAAAAUUAUUACAAACACUUUAUGAAUUGCGUAAAUUAUUUAUAGAAUAUAAUCCAUCAAUCAAUAUCUUAUCAGAAAAAUUAUUAACAUUCAUUAGACAAAUAAUCAAUAUUCAUAAAUCAUUUACAAAAAUCAAUAUUCAUAAUCAGUCCGACGAACAAAUGAUAAUACAUCCUAUAAUAUAUGGUAUUGACAUCAUUGAACAAAAUUGUAAUUAUAUUAAACAAUGUAAUCAACAUUUAAUCAAUAAUAUUAAUUAUGAUAUUAAUAUAAUACAAAUUAAAUUAACUUAUUUUAAUCAAUUAAUACAAUCGAAUAAAGAUUUAGAUCUAUGGAUCAAAGAAAUUUUACAAUUAAUCAAUCAAAUCAAACAAGAUAAUCAUGAGAAAAAUCAAUAUCAAUAUUAUAAUGAUAAUCAUAAUCAUCAUCCUAAUAAUAGAAUAGAUGAAAUUCAAUUAAAAUUAGAUAUUGGUAAAACUUAUUUAAAAUCCAUACAUGAAUGGAUAGAACAAUUAAAACAACAAGAACAACAACAACAGCAACACCACCAUCAGGACCAUCACCAGGACCAACAACAACAACAACAACACCAAACGAAUGAAAUCAAUACACUAAUAAAUGAUUUAUUAAAUCAACAAUAUAAAAGAUCUGAACAAAUUUAUCAAUUUAUAAUUCAAUUAAUUAUAAUAUAAAAAAUCAACAAAAU